GUUUGGAGGCGGGUCCAGUUCUGUAAACACUUACACAACGUGAUGUGAAAAACAGUAAACGCCGCAGACUAGACGUCUCGUCUUCAAGACUUGCCUUUAUUUAUCAAGCAGAGGAGAUCACAGGCAGUUCACGAUGGCUGCAGAUUCAGCAGUUCCUAACGGAGGAGAAAACCUCCUCACCGAGAGCGACGAUGAUAUCCUCAGUCCUGAUGACCUGUCUGAAGUGUUGGCGGCUGGAACCAAGGAGUCUCACGACAAAGCAGAGAACUCGCCGUUUGUCAAGGACUUCCUGAGGGGCCGAAUCAAACGAGAGCUUUUCAAGCUUGGCACGGCUGCCCUGUACUACGUUUAUUCCGCCAUCGAGGAAGAGAUCGAGAAGAACAAGGACCACCCCAUGUUUGCCCCGCUAUAUUUCCCUUCUGAGCUUCACCGGCGAGACGCCUUGGCCAAAGAUCUGGAGUAUCUCUACGGUGAAGACUGGGAGAGAAAGAUCUCCUGCUCAGCAGCCACAAAGCCCUACGUGGACCGCAUUUAUGAGGUGGGUCGAGACGACCCGGUUCUCUUGGUCGCACAUGCUUGGACCCGCUAUAUGGGCGACCUGUCAGGAGGGCAGAUUCUGAAGAAAGUGGCUCAGCGGGCUCUAAAACUGCCCCCCACUGGCGAAGGAGUGAACUUCUACCAUUUCGAAGGCAUCCACAACCCCGCGGCCUUCAAGAGGCUGUACCGCAGUCGGAUGAACGAGCUGGAAGUGGAUACAGAGACCAAGAAGAAGCUGCUAGACGAAGCCAACCUGGCAUUUAAACACAAUUUGGAAGUAUUCACAGAGUUACAGGAGAUCGGGAAAGAUGUAAAAGAGGAAGUGCAGGACAUUGGUUUUCAUGCACAUGGUGAUAUGAGUGGAGACAUCAGUAAAUGCCCCUACUAUGCAGCCAAGAUGGCGGUGAGUGGAAACACGGCCUACGCAUGCAAUUUUGCCAAGAUGCUGCUUCGACAGCCCACAGUACAGGUGAUCCUGGCCACAUGGGUCGCUGCUGUCGCCGGAUUGGCUGCUUGGUACCUCAUGUGAUCGCCUUUAUCGAGUCAGCCAAUCAGAAACGAAGACGGAAACAGGCGGGAUUCAAAGUGGAAGUAAAAUCUAAUAUCCGCGUUAAAUAGGAUGAUUUUAAAGGAUGUGUGACAUUGCUGCUUUCAAAUGAGCGUAAGCAUGCUUUUAAGGGCACCGGAGCGGCUUAAAAUGAAAAUAUCAAAGCAAGAAGUGUAUCUUUGACCAUUUGUGAUUGCAGUUGCACAUCGUAAUACAUAUUUUCAUGGAAAAUAUAUUCAGGUACUUCACUGUGAUGCACCGAAUAGUUAAUUUUAUGUUCGUGUUUUACUAAAGCGCAGAAAGCCAAAGGGGAGUAGUUUGUCUUUAACUCACCGUAUCACUAAAAUAUUCCCAUAUUGCACAAAAUUAGCUGGUGUUAUAAUAUUUCUUUAACUUAUCCUAAACCAUGUAAAUAAUAUAAAGUACACACUGUGGCUUUAUAACCAUAAAACAAACAUGGACAUUUUGCAUUUUGCGUUGGAGAUCAACCAAUCAAAACAAAUACAUAUUUGUUCAUGUAUGAAGAGUUUUUGCAUAACAUAAAAAAAUAAAAACACAGUUAUGCAUUUAUUGCGUUAGCUGUAUUUUUAGUUAUUGUUUAACCUAAACUGAUCAAUUGGAACGCACAAUUAAUUUUUUUUUUUUUUUAAGUUACAUAUUUUUGCAAAUGAACUAUUUAAGUAUAUAUUGAUUGUACGGAGAUGAACGACUUUUACCCUCUCAAAAGAAGGGUUUUACUUUUGUGGCUAUUUUUUUAGCGAUGUUACAUUCAACAGGGAAGCUCAAAGCUUACAUUUAUUUUUCCAAAAAACAUUUAUCAUCGAAGCACCUUGUUGGAGCUUGAUCUGUUUGGCAAAAGCAACCGUUUUGCUACCUUUCGCUUCAGAGUUGCUCGGUCUUAAUGUGAAUAUCGUGUCCCAUUUUUCUGCGUACAGAUUCCUGAAAACUAUAUUCGUGUCUCUUAGGGCUUUCCUAUAUGUUUCAUACGAACACUGCGUCGAACUUUUGUCUUUGUAGUCUUUAUACAACGUCGUAACAGUCACGGUGCUUGGUAAAUACCGUUUCCCUUUGGCUUGUUCACAUUUGCAGUCACUGACGGCUGGAUUGAACGAUUCGAUGUGUUUGGAAAUCGGAGAAACGUCUUUUUUGUUGGAAGGUGGGUGUCGCCCUCUGCGGUCCGGAGGAGGGACAGCGCCGGAUGCGUUGCCAGUCGCUCUGAAAAUCACGCAGUCGUUUUUUGGGUGGUAUCCCAGUGUGGUCAGGUAAAAGGUUCUGCAAACUUUUUGAGGUUUCCCGAGACCGUUAUUUAGAUGAUACUGAUAAGCCUUCUUCUGUCUGUUGGGACGUCCCCUCAUUGUACGUGUUUGCGAAGAUUGGGUGACUGAGUGAAAUACAAAAGCCCAUUUGUCGUUGCGUGACAUGCCCUGAUAAGCGUCGAAUAUUUCCUUUCUUCGAGCGCGCAGGAUCUUCUUCGUACACUUCUUUCCACAUGUAGGUCUACAGGGUUUGCCCAUCUUCGGUGCCCGUUUCUUUUUUUAUUUGUACGGGACAGGAUUCUUCAUCCUCUUCACCCCCACCGCAUGUUUCCUGUUUAACAGAAUUAACUUUAAAUUCGCUGAGCACCCACUGAUACGAACAAUAUUGAUAUCAGACACACCGUUUCAUUUAAAACAGUAACUACAGUAAGACUUGUAAGAUUGAAGUAGGCAACUGAGACCGUUACCUACCACUUCUACUUGUGUUUCCGGACGAGGCAUAAGUUCACUUUCCGGAGAAGUUAAUGACCCUGAAUCUUCAACAGGACAUUGUUCCGGACAUGAAUGGUCAGCCUCCGCGAUCUCAGACGCGUUGUUUGCUUUGAGAUCUUGCACCAUACUCAUAAUCUUCCUCUGCUGCUCCAUAAGAAUUUCUUGUUUAGUUAAUAUAUCACGGAGAAGUGCUGAAACAAACAGAAAAUCGCAAAGUUCACCUACAGUCUGGGCUGUUUUGGUUUUUCCGCGAUUCGGAUACGCAAGCUUGCGAUUCAAUAAACAUUGAUUAUCUUGGAAAUUUCAGGUACAGCGAAUUUGUGAUAUGAAAUUUGAAAAGGAAGACGUUUAGUAAAAGGCGGAUUCGAACUCGGGUCGAUUGCGUCAAAAAGACCAAAGCUCUGAUUUUUACAAAAUAUGCCACUGGUACUGUUUUUUUUAAUCACCUUUUGUAAUGUUGACUCUCCCAAUCACACGUCGGUGGGCGGAGUUAGUGUAAUUAUCUUCAGCCAAUAUUGUGGGCUACUAUUAAUUAACGUAAACGGACAUUCUGGUUUAAGAUGUAAACAUUUAAAUGGUGGCUCUAAUAAAAUCUUGACAGAUUUAUUCACACUACAUACAUUAGAGGUUGAACGGCAAAAAUGAUGAAUGUCAUAUAGUUACAAAAUGGUACUCUCCAGCAGACGCAUGAGUUCAUGGUCACUGAAUGUUUCUUCUGAAGGAAAUGUGAUGUUACGUGACAUUGCUGCAUGCUGUUAUAUUGCCGUACUUGCACACUAGCAGUGACUAUAAGUUAGAAAACGUGAAUGGGUCUUACAGGCUAUGAAUGGGUCACAGCUUGAGGGAAUCUGUUGGGAAAUCUGAUGAGGAAAUUAUUUUCGUGCCAUUUAGAGGCAGGACUCGUCUCCAACAAGGAUGGUCUUGAAGUUUCCGCAGACUGUGUCACACCCAGGGACUGAUUUUGACUUUGUCUGAGAAGACUUGGUUGCAGAUUGUUAGAAGCUGAACAAACUCGUCUGGACAGUGGCUGUAUUUGAGUGGCUUGUGGCAAAUUUUUUUUAGGGUUGUUUUAGCCUCCUCAUCAGGGUCAUGAUCGUCCAGCAUGGUCGUCUGACAUGCUUCACUAUAGUUAUCUAUGAAAAGCAGAAUUUAACUCAUCAGAGCAAUCCAAGAAGUUACUUUUUAAAUAAACACAAUGUGUUCAGGAAGGCUUCGUACGUACUCGCAGUAUACGUAAUUUUUACUUUAUAUGCAGACCGCGACUCCUGGGGUGGCUCCAAGCGCUUGGCUGCCCUCUGAACUCUUUCCCCCUUGUAUGGAGGCCAUAAACACAUACCAUCCAUCACCCAGAUCGCAGGCACAACCUCCACUUCUUCAGUGUCAACAAAGCUGACGAUGAAGUACGUGAUUUCUGGAAGCAAAACACAAAUGUCGAUUGACAACAUACUGAGACAAAAAAAAAAAAGAUAAUACAAAGGCAAAUGCAUAAAAUCAAUCGGGGGUCUUAGAUGUCAUACUUAAUAGGCAAAGCAAGUUUAUUUAUAUAGCACAUUUUAUACACAGUGGUAAUUGAAAGUGCUUUGGGGAAGUAAAACAGUCAUUCACAACAAUAAAAGCUGAAUUUUUCUUGAUGGGGUUAUAGUCGUUUGGAGAUAAGGCUAGGAUUGCAAGAACUGAGCCUUGUGGGACUCUGCACGUCACAUAAUAACCUCUCCCUUCGAAGUAAGACAGUGUACAUUGUGUCCAAGAUUAACUCAAAAUUUCCUAUUCUGGGAAAAAUUAAAACACUCUUCAUUUUAAAUGCUCAAAAAGAUAUCUGGAUUUUAGGUGUAUUAAGUGAAAUCACAAGCACCGAACCCAUUCAAUCAAUCCUAUAGUGCACACCAUGAACUAGCCUAGCCAUCCCUAUUUUGUUUUCGGCUAGAGGUGAAUUAAGUGGUGAUCUUCAUCCAGUCUUGCUUAGAAGACUCACCAGUCCUUUAAAAUGCAUGAAUCUAAGGGAAAAUCAUGCGGUGGUUAAAGUAAACGGCUGACUGUGCACACCUGUCACAUCCAGAAUAAACAUUAUGAGAUUUCAUGCA